CAAUGCCGCCUCGUAAUCAGCGCAAUUCUAAUAAAACUACCAAUUCUCGUAAUCAAGGUGAUGCACAAUCUUUUUCACCUAAUCAACAACUUUCAACUAAUGAAUCACCUAAACAGCGUAAAAAACGAAAUCAAAUUUCAGACCAAUUACAACAAUCUCAACAGCCAAGGCAAUCAGUUUUCGAGCGCUUAGGCACUAAAAAUUCUGCUGCCGCGCCUUUACCAAGGCAGGCAAAGGGUAAAAAGGAAAUUAAAGAACAUGUUCCUGUCAAUGAACCCCGUAAAUCUAGACGAAUCUCUGAUUCUCGGAAGGCUGAACGUGAAUUGUCUGAGGGUGAGCUCAUACAAGAGGCUGGGAAAUUUAAGGAUCGACAACCUGUUGAGGCAAAGUCAAAAACGGACCCUUCCACUGUUAAGAAUUUAGCUGAACCUACAAAGAAUAAUACUAGUAAUGUUAAAAGGCUUUAUGAUGAAUUUUUUAAUCUAAUCAGCAUAUUAUCGGAUUUUUUUCAUCAAAUUAAUAGACCUAGAGAUACUGAUAAUGAGCAGAGUGGGGAAAUCCAACAUUCUUCAUAUGAUGCAAUGUCACACGAUGAAAUAUCUGUUCAUGAUAAUCAAAGUAUCACUACUGAGGUGGAUAAGAUGCAUGUCCUUAAUUUGCAGAAAGUAGAUGAAGAAAAUUUAGGAUCAUCAAUUGAUAAUUCAAACGAAAUAACAAUAAAGAAAAGAAAAACAAGUCACGAUGAUGUAAUUGAAGGUGAAGAAUCUGAAGAUGCUGCAAAGGAAGACGUUGUAUCAAUACAGGCAGACGAUGAUUUUUCAUUACAUAGUGAUAUUGAAGAAGGUUAUUCUGGUUAUCUUUCACCACCUGAUGAUGGUCAACUACCAAUGGAUCAAGAUUUUAUUGAUGGGCAUGAAAAAACAUCGUCACAAAUAGAUCAAGGACGUGAAAGAAAUCAUGAAAAAGAUUCAUUACGAAGCAAAGAUAGUGAUGUAAUCAAACCUUAUGAUUUGUCUUCACGCAUUCGCAAUCGGCAGAGUUCUGAUGAUGGUCGUAUUUCGGAGAAAGAUAGAAAUCUUGAUCGCAUUAAUAGGGAACCACCAAUACUUCCUCACAAAGAUGAUCGUAGAAGGCUUGCAUAUGAUAGAGAUUCUCGCGAGAAAUUACGGGAAGAUAGAUAUAAUCGUACAAUUGCCACUAUUAGAGACCAUAGAGAUCAUAGGCCCCACGAAAUCGAUCGUGAUAGGCGUGAGCGGGAGCGUCAAGAACGUUAUAAUCAAAGCAUUCUGGAGGAUAAGGCUCAUUUUGAUAACCAACGUCGAUCCGAUAGGGAUCGUUUUUUGCGUGAAGAUAGAGGACGCAGUGAACAUGGUAAUAGAACACCUACCGCUGAUACAUCAUCUAAUAGUACAGUUCGAGGUGGUGUUCUCAGUAGGUCGUCAAGUGUAUCAGAUCGAGAUAGAGGAGGUCCUAGUAGGGGCAGAUCAUUAGAAAGGUUAAAGAAAGAAGACCAAUCUAGGGAUCGAGAAAGACUUCGUGAUGAGAUUUCACGUGAUCGAGAAUAUGAUUCAAGGCUUCAAUUAGAUUAUGUGAGAGAACGUGAUAGAGUUUCCCGUCAACGUGAUGAUCCACAAAGGGAUCGAGAGCAAAGACUUCAUGAUGAUUCGUCAAAGGAGAUAACUCCUAAUAUACGUAAAGUUGACGAAAAAGAUGUUGCAUUUCGUCGAUUAGAUGAAAGAUUAUCUCGUAGACUCGAUGAACAUCAUCAAAUAUCUGCAACAUCAGAUAGAUCUCAACGAGAAUUAUUAAAUAGAGAUCGUGAAAAGGAUAAUCAUUAUCAACGUGAUGCUUCUGAAAGGUUAAGAAUUGAAUCUAAUAGAAGAGAUGAGCGAACUUCAAAUAUCCGCCAAAAAAAUGACGCACAAAAUGAUUCAGUUUUCCAAGAUAAUAGAGGUCGGGAUAGAGAAUCCGGGCAACGAAAUGUUCAACCAAAUGUGCAAUCUGAACUUGACCGAACAGAAAAAAGGAAGAAGGAUGAAUCUGAACUUACUGAACGUAAACCCUAUUUAGAUAGGGAACAACGGGGCGAUUCCCUUCAAUCAAUUCAACGUCCUCCGGAAUAUCGUUCUAGAGAGAAGGAUAGAGAUAUUCGUCAACGCGAUGAGUUUAUAGCAAAAGACAAUAUCAGGGUAGGAAUAAAUAGAGACCAAGAACGGGAAUUACCAAAUCGCAGAGAUGAUCGUACCGGUGGGCUUCCUGACCUAUAUAGACCAUCAUCGGAACAUCAUCUUAGAGACAUUGAUAGGCGAUCAAUAAGAGAGUUUGAUAGAGACUAUCGAGACCGUGAUUUGCGCGGUGAACCUAUUGGUGUUGAUAGGUAUCGUGGCGAUUAUAGUCGAGACAAUAAUCAAGGUCGUGACCGGAUGAUUGAUAGCCAUCCUCGGGAAGUAGAACGACGUUUGUCAUGGGAAUUGGAUAACCGUGGUGGCACUGGUAUUUUUUCUGAUAAAGAUCAGAUGGAUCAUCGAAGGGAAAGAGAGCGGGAAAGAACUCGUGAAGUUGGGCAUAAAAGCAGGAGCAAUUCUGCUGAAUUAAAAGUUGAUUCACAUAAGCAUUUAUAUGACUUUCAUCAACGUGAACCUGAACGGCGGACAGCUCGUGAUGUUGAAAAUGACCAAAUGGCUCGCACGAAUAGGACAGAGCUUGUUCGCCGAUCUGAAUCUGAUCGACAUUCGCUUUUCAUUAAUGACAAACAUCAUGACGAUUUUUCGUUGGAUGCUCUUCAGCGCGAAGAACAGGAUAUGGAAAUACAAUCAAAGGACUUAAAGACUGAUCAAAUUAUUUUAAAGGAUGAUGAGAUAUUACCUGAUCCGUGGCAAAAAUGUAUGUCAAGAAAGAAUAAAGUGUAUUAUUUUAAUCCAAUAACACGAGAAAGUCGUUGGACAUUUCCAUCCGAAGACUUUGGCAAAAGAUUUUCAAAUGAAUCUGAAAGUAGUUAUCAGAUAUCGCCUGCACAUGAUGAUAAAAUUGAUGAAUAUGAGCCACAUAAUUCAGAUGAUAUUGAAAUUCCUCGCAAGAAACCACGUUUAAAAUCGCGAGAGUCUGCUGAUGAGAAAGCUUUGGAUGAUCGAAAGGAUUCAAGUAACCGUGAUAUCUAUGAAAGAAAGUUUGGUUACGAAGAUCAAUCGUCACUUGAUAAUUAUUCGGUAAAAGGAACCUCAUUAAGGGACCAAAAAAUAAUGGCUGAUUCGCACGCCGACUCAAUAUCUAGACGUCCUCGUAGCAAUACCACUAGCAACGUCAUUACAUCUCCAUCUUCGAAGUCACAAACUUCUCCUUCAAUGACGCCUCAAUUUUCACCAACGCACCGUUCUCCUGCACCUGGAUAUGAUCGUCGUUAUAGUGCCGAUUAUGACCAUCUUGGCGGCUCACGAAGGGUACCUUAUAGUGGUUCGCAAUUACAAUCACCUCCAAUGCAAUUACGCUCUAAUGCAGCCUCUUUCAACCGUAAUGAUUUUUACGAACGUAACGACAAUUUUCGCAUUGAUGAAUUUAAUUCACGCAAUGUGAGCGGAAGUAAUAAUAAUGUUGGAAUGGCGUCUCCGGGGAAUGCACAAGCUAAUGUAAAUAAUCGUUCAAAUCGAUCAACAAUGUACAAUAGCUCAUUUGGUGUUGAUCAAGGCUCUAUAUCUGGUAACAGGCGUACUUCUACAAUGGGUCGUGGUGGUAUGUCUUCGUUAAAUCAUUCAAUACAACAUAGAAUAAGAUCUUCUCAUGAAGAUGAUCGAAAUAUAUAUAAUGGAGAUGAAGAUCGAAUGGAAGCGUCUAUGGAGGUUGGUGAAUUUAAAAUUAAUAAUAGGAACUUGCCGACGCGUGAAUUCGGUAAUAGAAUUGGUGAAAAGGCAGAUUUGGAAAAUGUUGUUCCUCCAAAUGAUUCUACAUUUGAUGUUGUACCCGACGCUGCUUUCAUAGCAUCAGAUGAAGAAGCUUGGCGUACGGAGGACGAAAUGGUUGAUGACGUACUUGCUGAUACUGAACCAGAAUCGCUCUUCUUAUUUCGCCGCUCAAGGUCAUCUAGUCCUACUUCUCACCUUUUAUCAGAUGAAGAUAUUAUAAGGCGACAAAUUGCACCGAUAUGGAGUCAUAUUACUUCCAACGUCGCUGGUGAUGAGCUAUUCCAACAAUUUGAACAAAUAAUGAAUAAUGGUAGCUCGCACAAGAAAAAAGAGAUGAGAAUUUUGAAUUCAAGAAAAGAAUUUGAUCGAAGACGAGCUAUUUUUGGUGGAAAAAGAAUGUUUCGAUAUAAA